CGUCACAUGACUUGAAAAUGGUGGAUGAUAUGCGGAAACGAUAAUUUAUUCCGAAUAUUUUUCUUUUUUAUGUUUAUAGACAUUAUUUGUUUGUGUCAAUAAUGGUGGAUAAAGAAUUUUCACCACUUACAACUGUAUGUGUGCGUUCUUUGAAUGACAAGCUGUAUGAGAAACGAAAAGUUGGCGCAUUAGAAGUUGAAAAAAUGGUGAAGGAAUUUGUGACACUUCAGCAAGACCAACAAGUGAAAGCCGUACUGAAGAUUUUGGGAGACAAUUUUGCACUAUCGAGCAAUCCAAAUUCGCGUAAAGGUGGACUUAUUGGCCUUGCGGCUGCUGCUAUUGCACUUGGAAAGGACUCCAGCAAAUAUGUAAAUGAGCUUGUGAAGCCUGUACUUGCUUGUUUCCGUGAUUCGGACAGUCAGGUACGAUAUUACUCAUGUGAAGCUCUCUACAACAUCGUCAAAGUGACCAGAGGAUCAGUACUGCCUUUCUUCAAUGAAAUAUUUGAUGCUUUAAGCAAGUUAGCAUCAGAUCCAGAUCAAAAUGUCAAGAGCGGGACUGAGCUUUUAGACAGACUCAUAAAGGAUAUUGUUACAGAGAGUUCCUCAUUUGAUCUUGUAUCUUUUGUUCCUUUACUGAGGGAGAGAAUCUACAACAAGAAUCCAUAUGCUCGCCAGUUUCUUGUCUCAUGGAUUAUUGCACUAGAUGCUGUGCCAGAUAUCAACAUGUUAGUGUUACUGCCAGAGUUCCUCGAUGGCCUCUUUGAAAUUCUAGGAGAUUCAAAUCAAGAGAUUAGGAAAAUGUGCCAGGGCAGUCUACGUGAGUUUUUGAGCAGCAUUAAAAAGUCUCAAGGCUAUGUCAAUUAUGCACAGAUGGCUAACAUACUGGUUAUACACAGUGAAAAUCUUAAUGAUGAUCUGAUCAGUUACACAGCAAUUACCUGGUUGAAGGAGUUUGUAGUGCUUGCAGGUCGAUCAAUGUUGCCAUUUGUGUCAGGAAUUUUACGUGCAAUACUUCCUCGUCUUGUAACAAAUGAUAUUGACACUAAAAGCAGGAAAAAUGUGAAGGAGGCUGCAGAGAGUCUGAAUACGCUUUUGAUGGAAUUAAUUGAAGACCUUGAUGACACACCAACACCAGCAGUUGGUACUCCUUCACAGGAGAGUCAGUCAGGGGAGAUCACUUCUAACAGUACUACAGAAAUCACAGUCUCUCAGACAGGAGAAGUAACUUCUACAAAUGGGGAAGAAGCAGAAACUGAUAUUGCAGAUAUGUCGGUGCAAUUAGAUGUCCUGUCAGUUAUCAAUGUUCUGUGUGAAUUAGUUAAACACAAGGAAUUCCAAACAAGAAUUGCCUCAUUGAAAUGGUUUAGACAUUUAUUAGUAAAAGUUCCAAAAAAAACAUUCCGACAUAUGAAUUUAGUGUUUCCAGAGCUAAUGAACACACUGGCUGAUAUUGACCAGUCAGAUGAGGCAAUGUUAUUGGCUUUGGAAACAUUAGCAAAGAUUACAUCAUACCAAGUUACAUUAAAAGCAAACGAUAAUUGUUCAGAAAAUGACUCUUCAGACUCUACUAAAUACUCUUCAAAACUUGAAGGUGAAAAAGGUUCAGACAGUAAUGCUAAUAACAAUUUGUGUUCAGAAAGUGCAACAAUCAACAAAUAUUUCAUGGAAUUUAUGGUGCAAUUAUUAGAUUUAUUUAAAAGGGAUCGACUUAUUCUAGACAAAAGAGGAGCAUUUAUAAUAAGGCUCAUGGAUAGUCUAUGGUUCUACCCGGAAGCCUGGAAUAAUGCAUGGAAGGAUACCCGCGGUUUUCCUCCACGGAAAGGUUGA